AUGUCUUCCUCUCCCUUCUAUACAGGUAAUAACCAUAUUAAAUUCUCUCUCUCAGUCCUUAUCAACUCCCAGAACUCAGAACCACAUCACACUCCUCCCUCUCCUCCCUCUCCCAGUCCACUUUACCCCCUUCUCCUCCCUAUUCCCUCCCCUCGCCCUUCCCUUCCUCCCCUUCUCCUUCCCGUUCCCUCCUCCCUCUUUCCCCUUCCUUUCCCCACCCCUCGUCUCCCCCACUCCCCCACCCCAAUCUCCCCCUCCCUCUCCCCUCUCCUCCUCCCAUAUCUCCCUCCCUCCCACUUCCCCCCUCUCUUCUCACCCCAUCUCCGCCUCUCUGCCCUCUCCCCUUCUCCUCCUUCUCCUCCCUCUCUUCCCUCUCCCACUCUCCUCACUUUCCCCAUCUCCUCUCUCUCCCCAUCUCCUCCUUCUCCUCCCUCUUCUCCCUACCCUAUCCGAAUAACGCUCCUAUCUUCUACGCUCCUCCCCUACACACUCUCUCUCACUCCCCAUCUCCUCCCUCUCUUCCUCUCCCCCACAUCUACUCCCUCUCCCCCAUCUCUUCCCUCUCCCCCAUCUCUUCCCUCUCCCCAUCUCCUACCGCUUCCCACCCCCAUCUCCUCCUAUCCUUCCCCUCCUCCCCCUUCCCUCCUCCUCUCCCCCACCUCUCCAAUCUCUCCCCCUCUCCCCACCUUCCCUCUCCCCUCCCUCUCUCCGUUCUCCCCAUCUCUUUCUCUCUUCCUCUCGCUUCCCCCACCCCCAUCUCCUCCCCCACCCGCUCUUUUUCCCUCUCUCCCCCAUCUCCUCCCGCUCCCCAUUUCCUCCCUCUUCUCCACUCUUCAACUCUCCCCCACUCCUCCCUCUCCCAUCCCUCCGCCUCUCUUCCCUCUCCUCCUCUGCCUCCAAAUCCUUAUCAUAACCGAUGCCAAUACCAGCAUCCCGAGCCAGUGGCACUGGGCGCAUCAAAAGAAACGCGGGGGGCGUUGA